CCACUGGGCCUUAUCGCGAGUUCAAACCCCACCCGUGGUAUGGUUUGUUUGCAAUCGUGUCAUUACGAUUUCACGAGUCAAAAUGAAAUUUGUGGAGCCUUCUGGGCUACAGAAGUGAAAAUUAAUUUCAGGAACCUACUGGAACUUUAUGAUAAACUAGAGAUAAUCAGGCUAGACACUGUUUUCUAGGACUGGCAGAAGGUAUCCAACCCUGUCUUAGAGAGACUAAUCCACAAACAAGAUGAAGGUAAGACGGUCAGGGUGAGACCUUUAAAGCAUUAAAUUAGACAAAAGUGAGAGUUCCUAAGGAUUAGUCGUAGGUCCCACACUGUUUCUGGUAUAUGUAAAUUUCCUUACAGAAUAAAUCAUCUACACAUCACACUUGCAGAUACAGAAAAGCUGCUGAGAAGGAUACGAACCGAGGUGUACAACAAGAAACUACAAGGAAACCUGAUCCAAGAACUAAAUGUUAGUUCUCAACGCCAAUAAGAGGAAAAUAAAGAGGAUGGGAGCCGGGGAAAUGCAACCACAUGACAGUUCCAGGACUUGGAGAAAAAAGCGACGUGAAGGUAGCAGACAUGUGCGAUGAGGAGACUUGUUCCUUGGUUGUGGACAAUGGCUCCGGCAUAGUCAAGGCCGGCUUCGCUGGUGACGACGCUCCCCGUUGUGUCUUUCCCUCCAUCGUCGGCCGUCCUCGUCACCAGGGUGUGAUGGUCGGUAUGGGUCAGAAGGACGCCUACGUCGGUGAUGAGGCCCAGAGCAAGAGAGGUAUCCUGACUCUCAAGUAUCCUGUAGAACACGGUAUCAUCACCAACUGGGACGACAUGGAGAAGAUCUGGCAUCACUCUUUCUACAACGAACUACGCAUUGCUCCUGAAGAGUGUGCAGUUCUUCUUACAGAGGCUCCUCUUAACCCGAAAGUUAAUCGAGAAAAAAUGACUCAAAUUAUGUUUGAAAUGUUUGCUACUCCCGCUGUGUACGUGGCCAUCCAGGCCGUGCUGUCCCUGUACGCAUCUGGUCGUACUACAGGCAUCGUUCUGGACUCUGGUGAUGGAGUCUCACACUGUGUUCCAAUCUUUGAGGGCUAUUGUCUUCCCCACGCCAUUCUUAGGCUUGACUUAGCGGGGCGAGAUUUAACAGAUUACCUCAUGAAAAUCAUGACUGAACGAGGAUACUCAUUUACUACAAGUGCUGAGCGAGAAAUUGUGCGGGAUAUAAAGGAGAAACUAUGUUAUGUGGCAUUAGAAUUUGAAGCUGAAAAGUCAGUCGCUGAUGCCUCUUCCUCACUGGACAAAUCUUACGAACUUCCUGAUGGACAAGUAGUGACGAUUGGAAAUGAGAGAUUUCGCUGUCCAGAAGCUCUUUUCCAGCCUUCACUCUUGGGGAUGGAAUGCUCUGGCCUUCAUGAAACAGUAUACACGUCUAUAAUGAAAUGCGAUGUUGACAUUAGGAGAGAAUUAUACGCUAAUAACGUUCUCUCUGGAGGUACCACUAUGUAUCCUGGUAUAUCUGACCGCAUGCAGAAGGAAAUCACUGCUCUGGCUCCCCCAACCAUCAAAAUCAAGAUCAUUGCUCCUCCCGAGCGUAAGUACUCCGUCUGGAUCGGUGGUUCCAUCCUGGGAUCACUGUCCACCUUCCAGUCCAUGUGGAUCACUAAGGCGGAUUAUGAUGAGUUCGGUCCAGCUAUAGUUCAUCGGAAGUGUUUCUAGAAUUCAACAUAGAUAUUAUUUUGAUUACAAAGUUUAUUUUUACCGAAUGUAUUAUAAAAUAUAAGAUAAUUUUGUAAAUUAAAAUGAAAGUAAAUAAA